AUGCAUCGCUCAGUGACUUUCUGCUGCAGCAUUACUUGGAGAGAAGCAGACCAAGAAGGGGUUUUCAUGUUGGAGGAGGCAAAGAGAAUCAAAAUAUCUGCACUGAGGACAAAGGCUUUGCAGUCCUUUGGGGAUGAAGGGCAAAGAGCUGGAGAACCAAAUGCCAAGGGCUUUGAUCCUGACAUUCAGGGAAGAAAGCCAGAGGAAGAAAUGCAGUGCCAGACGCAGGAGGACAGGGUGUCAGCAAGUUCAAAAAGCACAAAAGGAUCCAAUCAGCAAGAGGAUAGGACAUGCCUGGCAUUGAACACAAGCAUGGUGCUGACUUGCAAAGUUCCUCUUGCACUCAGUAGCCCCAGUGAGGACUGUGGCUUUACCAAACAGGCUGAGCAGAGUGGGGAAUCAGGGGCCGCCGGCAGCCACGGCGCCGAGCCCAGGAUCUAUUCCGCUACCAACAGCCUCCCCCCGGGCGGGAGCGCCUCCCUCAGACUCAACCACUCCAAUCAUACGGGUUCAAAUCACGCCUACCUGAAAAACACCUACAAGAAGAAUCUCUCCGAGCCCGAGGAGGAGCUUCUCCAACAGUUCAAAAGAGAGGAGGUAUCCACCACUGGAGGCUUCAGUGCACAUUACCUGUCCAUGUUCCUCUUAACUGCUGCAUGCUUGUUCUUUCUGAUACUGGGAUUCACAUACCUGAGAAUGAGAGGUUCUGGAGUAGCUGAGGAUGUGGGAGCCAACAGUGAAGUGGGUCAACAUCUGUCUCCUGGCAGAAGUGCUGUGGAAGUUUUUGCAGUCAAGAAUCCCUUCAGUGGAGAACUACAAAACAUAGAAGAAGAUGAAAUAAGUCUCAUGAUGAACAGCUUAUAUGCACUUCAUGAUAAAUUGGCACAAGUAGCAGGGAAACAUGAAUGUGGCAGCUCUGUUCAAAGAAACCUUACCGUCCAGGAGGCAGCUGCAUAUUUGAAAAAUAUAGAUCCAGAAUAUGAAAGUGUAUUUAAUACAGCACUACAAUGGAUAUUGAAUAGUGGGGAAGAUGUUGGCAUAAAGUGUCUUGGCAGUGACCCUAAUGAUGUGGAUGUCACUAAUGUGACAGAUGUGAAGUACCUGGAAUCCACUAGUCCAAAGAUGUCUUUCAGGUGUCGUUUUCGCCGUGCAUUUAUUAGCGUAACUCAUAGAUUAUCAAUACCGCUUUUAGGUGUAGCAAUUGUUUGGGGAGUCUUGCACUACAUGAAAUAUCGUUGGGCAAAAGAAGAAGAGGAAACGAGGCAGAUGUAUGAUAUGGUGGUAAAAAUCAUAGAUGUUCUAAGAAGUCACAGUGAGGCAUGUUCUGAAAAUAAAGACUUGCAACCUUAUAUGCCUAUUUCACAUGUGCAUGAUUCUCUAAUACCAGCUCAGGACAGGAGGAAAAUGAGGAAAGUCUGGAGUAGAGCAGUUGACUUCCUAGCGGCAAAUGAAUCUAGAGUUCGCACAGAGACACGAAGAAUAGGCAGUGCUGAGUUCUUGGUUUGGAAAUGGAUGCAACCUUCUGCUGCAUGUGACAAAGUUUUAGUAAUACCGUCAAAAGUGUGGCAAGGCCAAGCAUUUCAUCUAGAUAGAAGAAAUUCACCUCCAAACAGCUUGACACCAUGUCUAAAGAUUCGCAACAUGUUUGACCCUGUUAUGGAAAUAGGUGAUCACUGGCAUUUAGCAAUUCAAGAAGCAAUCUUGGAGAAAUGCAGUGAUAACGAUGGAAUUGUUCAUAUUGCUGUGGACAAAAAUUCACGUGAGGGUUGUGUAUAUGUCAAGUGUCUAUCUCCGGAGUAUGCGGGGAAGGCUUUUAAGGCAUUACAUGGCUCUUGGUUUGAUGGGAAGCUGGUAACAGUAAAAUACCUGCGGUUAGAUCGAUACCAUCAUCGUUUUCCCCAGGCUCUCACCUGCAACACUCCACUAAAGCCAUCAAACAAACACAUGAACUCUAUGUCACAUCUCCGUCUUCGGACAGGCACAACUCAUUCUCAGGGAAGUUCCUGAGGAGACUUUCUACAACCGCUAGGACUGUUACUUGCAACAGGAGUGUUCCUGUUUGGCUGCCGUCUUCCUUUUUUAGUGCUUUUUGUAUGUAAUACUUUAAUGAUUUAAAUAAAAGUUGGAACGUUCCAGAAAUCUUGUUUCCAAAGGGACUUAGCAGUGAGGCAGUAAUACUGAGCUGACAGGAAAAGAAGUUGCUUCAGGAAGUUAUCCGGGCUACGUUAAAGCAAUGCAUUUAAGUUUUGCAUGUGGAAUACCGAAUUCAUUAAACAUUUUCAGAUGUGGUGACUGUAUUUUUGCACCAAGAGGUGUUUUUGAUAAUACAAAAGCAUGGAGAAAAGAAGACUUCCUGUAUUUCCAUAGUUUCCUGUGAAAUAAUCUUGUGGGUAUUUUGUAACAAACAACCUACAGUUCCUGAUGGUGAAUAAGUU